AUGGCAACCAACAACCAGAGCACAGAGCAAGACACUUUCAUAAACCCAACGCCGUUAGACGUUGAUCCCUUAUAUCAGGCCGCAAGGCGUGUGUCUGGCGAGUCUGCUGAGAGAACAUUGGCUCCUACGGCCGCCAUAAUCUCUGAGGACGAGAGGAUCCGUUUUAAGUACUAUCAUCAGUUACAUCUAGCUGCACUUAAGGGAAACUGGGAAGCUGCUAAAGGGUAUUUCCAGGAUAAUGUUCCUAAUGCAUUUACAGAAGAAAUAUCAAGUACAAGGAUGAAUGCUUUGCUUGUUGCUUCUUGUAAUGGGCAUACUAAAUUUGUUGAGAUGCUCGUAAAGCGUAUGCCUGAAGAGGCACUUCAAAAGCGCGGCCCUGGAGGCUACACGGCUCUCCAUCAUGCUGCCAUUGGCGGCCAUCUCAAGAUGGCCAAAGCCUUGAUCAGAAAAAACCCGGGAUUGACUCAAAUUACAGACAAUUCUGGGAAUACUCCACUUCUCUGCGCGGUUUUGUUGUUUUCCAGACACAAGCUGGUGCGGUACCUUGCCUUGGCAACAACAAUUGAGAAGCCUGAACGCCCCUUCAGUGGUUGUAAGGCUGGCGACCUUAUGGUUAAUCUCACUCACAUGGGAUUCCAUGUUCCAGUACACGAUGAGGAUGACCCACUUGGAGCCUCAGAUCAGGACUUGGUGGCAGAAAAACAAUCACAGACCAACGAAGCUAAAACUCAAGCUUAUCAAGGGGUCAAAAAAGUUCUUUGGAGAAGAAUCAAAUAUUUAGUACCUUGUAUUAGCAAGGUUGGAGAAAAAAAGUUGGGGCAUGAACGUGCCUGCAAGUUGGUUCAUCUUUGUUUAAAAGCUUUAUUCAAUUAUAACGAACGAGUGCGGGUAAAGUAUUUCAACGAGCAGGAGAUUCUCCACUAUGCUGCAUGCUGUGGCGUCCUCGAAAUUGUGACCGCAUCUCUUCAUUAUUUUCCGGACCUGAUUUUCUCCAAACAUGGAAGUAUGAUACUAAAAAAUGCUAUUCAAUGGCGGCAAGAAAAAAUUUUCAACCUCGCAUGCAAAAACACCGCACUUGAUAAGAUGUUGGCUACCCAGUGUUACAAGCCUUCCAUCUCACAUUUAGCAGCACAGCUACCGACGAAUCGUCAACUCUCCGUUGAUUCUUGUGCAGCUUUGCAAAUGCAGAGAGAGGUGCAAUGGUAUAAGGCGAUAGAGACUAUUCAGCAUCCAAGAAUGAAGCAGUUGACAUCGGCGAAAGGGAAAACGGCUUUUGAUUUUUUCUCGGAAAACCGCAAACAAAUGCGCGAGAAUGCAGAGAAAUGGAUGAAGGAUACCUCAGAUUCCUGUAUGCUUGUGUCUACUCUCAUUGCUACAGUGGCGUUUGCUGUAGCUUUUACAGUUCCUGGAGGAAUCAAUGAUCAAGGAAUUCCGAUUUUCGUCAACAAGACAUCAUUUAGGAUAUUUGUCUAUUCGGAUGCACUAGCACUGUUUUCAUCAGUCACUUCCAUCUUGAUGUUCUUAUCUAUCCUAACUUCAAGCUACAAAGAGGAAGACUUCCACAGGGCAUUGCCCGAGAGGAUGAUAAUCGGUCUCGCCUCCCUCUUCGUCGCCAUUGCCACCAUGAUGGUAGCUUUUGGAGCAGCUCUCGUAAUUAUACUAAGUGAGAGGCUCAAAUGGGUUUGGGGUCCACUUAUUUUCUUGGCAUCGUUUCCGGUGACUCUAUUCAUCAUGCUGCAGCUUCCGUUGUUCAUUGAAAUGGUUCAAUCAACAUACGGAAGCAUCUUUCAACGUGAAAAAAUAUGGAAACGGAGUGGGCAUCGAGAUGCAACUGACCCUCUCUAUUAG